AAAAUAGACUAAAAGAUACACAACAUAACAAAACACUCUCCAACAUGAAGUCCAUUUUCAGCUUCCUCUUGCUUACUACUUUCUCUUUGGUUCCCUUUGUGGCCUUUUCAUCAACUUUCACUUCCGACGAUCCCAUUGUCCUGCCCACUACUACUGAGGACGACAUUAAUGUUCUUCCUGAAGUGCUUGACAUGGACGGCCAACCACUCAAGACCGGUGAGCCGUACACUAUUCUCAAUACUCUUUUUGGCGGCGGAAGUGUAGCCUUAGUCAAUAUUGGAAACACCAGAUGCCCAAACGCCAUCGUCCAGAAAGGCGAAUUAGAAAAAGGCACGCCUUUGACAUUUUUUACUAAGAAGUCGCGCCCGACACCUUUUGAUGUCGUCCAUGAAAUGAAUGACAUUGAUAUCAUGUUCACAGUUGCAACUUCAAGCUGUAUUAACGAAACUGUUUGGAAAGUUGGUAAUCCCGAUAGGUUUGUGGUAACUGGUGGUACCCUAGGAAACAAUUUUUUCAAGAUUGUGAAAGCGGAGACUAAACCAGGUUCUUACCACUUAAGGUAUUGUCUUGGUGCUACGUUUCUGUGUCUCAAUGUGGGCUUGACCCGUAAUAAUCGUCUGGCUCUCAAUAACCAGCCUAUUCCAUUUGGCUUCGUUAAGCACCAGAAGACUGAUGCAUAGUUAUUUUGCGGAUAAUUAUGCUUAACCUAGCUUUCUAAAUAAUGUGGAUCGAUCUAUCUCUUGUCUUGUAUUUUCGGUAUUUCGCUCUAUGUAAUACUGCUUAUGAAGUAUAUAUGAAUAAAGAAGCUAGGUUUUUAAUUUAUUAA